GGGUUGGCGGUGGUGGGGGAUUAGGGGAAGAUAAACCUGUUGGAAACAUGAAAAAACGGGAAAUCUUAACAGCCAGUCCUGUGUUCCUGAACUUCCAGGCUUGCCGGGAGACGAGCUCAGCGUCCGAGAGCUUUUGUCUUUCUGUUUAAACACGGAGAAGUCCUUUCUCCAGGAGAAAACAGACAAUAAAAUUGCAAACUACACAGCUCUACUUCAAUCUAGCCUGCUCGCUUUCUUGUUAUUGCUGGCAGAAGAAGAAAGAUGGUUGGCUAUUGCUUCCUCUUUUUGCCUCGUUUGUCUAACCGCGCCGUCCGGCCGUUCAGUGUGAGCGGUUGAGUCGAGCAGCCGUUAAAGACGAAUAUUUACAGGACAGAUGAAGCUACGGUCAAAUUAAGCUCUCGGGAUAGUUUAACACCCACUGGUAAACACACGAAAAUAUUCUCUCAUAAAAGCUAGUCUGUGACCCCACCGGAAGUACUUAGUGCAAAACUACUUUUUGCUCAAGCAUGUUUUUUAAUACGGACUACAACGUUGCUGCUGCGCUGACCACAAGGUGGCACCACGCGGCCGCCGUAGACUCAGAGGGUCAUAAACUCAUGAAUGGAGGAAGGUCUGCCGUCAACACAGAUACAAGGGUGCUGGUUUUAAGGACUAAUAUUAUAUAUAUAUAUUUAGACGGUUAAAGGUGAUCUUAACACAAAAUAGAGCAUAUCUAUUCGUCAUGCUCUCACUUAUUUUUCUUAGAAACAAUUCAUGGCAUGGUUAAAAAGUAAAACAGAAUCAGAAAAGACUAAAGUUAAAAAAAAAAAAAAACAGAAAAAUUCUCUUUUUUUAAAGUGUUUUUUUUAAACAUAAUAUUUAGUUUUAUUUUCAUGUGAUCAAACCUAAAUCAUAUAUUCAGGACAAAGCAGAAAAAAGAGAAAGGAUAUGUAUUUUUUUAAAUAAAUAAGUGCAUACAUAAAUAAAUAACACCCAUUUUUUCCCUUUAUUUCAUAUCAAAUGCACAAAACAUACUGGCAUGGAGCAUUGCACAAAAUCACAAUAUCACAGACAAGCUUCAAGAGCAUAAAUAAGAAAAUAAAUUAAUAAAAGGAAAAUUAAAUGAAAUAAAUGAAAAAAGAGAGGGCAAAUAAAUAAAUAUGGAACGAUAAGGCAUUAUUUAUUCCGCCUUAGUUCUGCUCAUAAUUCAAAGAGUUUCUUUUUUUAUUGCACUUUAUUUAGUUCAGUUGUAUUUCAUUUAUUUCCUUAACAUUUUUAGACAAUUUGUAUGGAUCUCACUGAGUUCCCUUCUGGUGGUCUAUUUUGGUAUGUUCAGUAGUGGACAAAGUGAUACCACCAUAGACUGUAUAUACUAUUCUAUAGACUACCCUACAAAUUCUAUGUAUUCUAUAUACAGUCUAUGGAUACCACUGAUCCCUCUGCUAAUCCUGUCUGUCUAAUAAUAGCCCUUCCCUCUGAGGUAUAACUGUUCAAAACCUCUAUUAAAAAACCACUAAUCAGACAACAUUUGUCCAAAUUCUGAAACACUUAAAUCCCCACUUGCUUCAGUCAGAUCCUUUGCUUGCUCUGGGUAAAAAGGACCUUUUUUUUCAACUUCUACACAUUGUGAUAUGGAGUUGCUAUUGACAAAAAAGUUUAAAAUAUCACUCUAUUUAAAAGUCAACCCCAAAAUAACAUAUAAGUAGACAAUACAGUACCAUUAUAUUAAAUGUAGGAAUUAAAAAAGAAAUUUUGACAUGUUUUAAAGUGAUAUGAAUAUUAUGUAUGACUGUUCUAGGGAAUAAGUGAUGGAUAAAAUGAUGCUUUCAUAUCGAAACUAUCCUUUUCACUUAAAAACCGGCUUUGACAUAAUUCAGAAUGACUUAAAAUCGAUCUGACAAACUUGUGCCAACAAUGAAAAAGUAAAAGUCAAGUCCAAACAAAGAAAUUAAAUGUUUGAAGGGAUGAGUUUCAGUUAAGGGAAUUACUUAGGUGACAGAGGAGGAUGAAAACCGUCGUCUAUAACCGAACGCGGCCUGACCUGCCGUGGAACGGGUGCAGCCGUCGUAAAAUGACGCACUCUUCAUACCGCUUGCCUGCAGAACAGGCGUGGACUAGCAUUAGCAUUAGCAUAACAUGAUCAUCACUGUCGUUCAGUGUAGAUUUCUCGUGUUUACAGUUGCUGUUUUUGCACGCUAAGAGUGGACCAGUGUAAUUUCAACGGAGUAACGCUGUAACGGAAACCAACAAGGAUGUUUAAAAAGUACGUGCCAGUUUACUUCCUCUUCGCUGCAUGGGUUUAUCACAGCAGGAGAGCUAAUGCUAUCUGACACUGAAAUGCGCUUUGUAUUCUGUUUUUAACUCUAUUUGGCGGUCAGCUGACCAGAAAACAAUUAGCUCUGUGGUUUGAUUCAAUGUUUCCUGUCUAGAAUUUAUUGAAGUGUUUAGAUCUAAUCCAACCUGACUUAGUGAGUGAUUUAAUGCACAAAUGGCAAAUCAUAACUACGGAAAUAUGUGAAUGUUACAUGUCAACCAAAACACUAUGGGUGUUUUUUUGUUUGUUUGUUUCAGGUUUGAUGAGAAAGAAAAUGUGUCAAACUGUAUCCAGUUGAAGACAUCAGUGAUCAAAGGCAUCAAAAAUCAGCUCCUGGAGCAGUUUCCUGACAUUGAGUCAUGGCUCAAUCAAAUCAUGCCAAAAAAGGACCCUGUCAAAAUAGUCAGAUGGUAUGACUUAAGGACCCCCCACCACUUUUUAAAAAAAUAUAUAUUUAUUUUGUUGAGUAUGUGAUAACCAUUGACUGUGUUUCUCAUCUCUUUCCACAGCCAUGAACACAUCGAAAUACUGACAGUGAAUGGAGAACUGCUCUUCUUCAGGCAGAGAGAAGGACCAUUUUACCCCACCCUCAGACUGCUGCAUAAAUGUAAGACCCUCAAAAAAUCAUGCUUUGGUUUCACUCAUAGACUGUGUCAGAAUAUGGAUGGCAUGAAUUAAGACAAAACAUGUGGACAUCCCUCUGGUGCAUAGAGGAAGUACGGUCCAUGAAAUCCACCUCCUCCAUGUCAACAGAUGAGACAGGAGUCAAAUUAAAGGGAUAUUCCGGCGUAAAAUUAAUUUAGGAUCAAACACACCGAAACACUGAGUUAGACACCCCCUCGAGAGAUGAAUGUUGCCGACCGCUUGCUUCUCUAGUUAUACCAACUUUAGUAACGACCACACGAUAGCAUAGCAGAGCCAUAAACAAACCUCAACCAAAAAGCCACUCUAUAGCCACAAAUAAUGUUCAGAACAGCACCUAACUUCAUCAACAGUACAUAUAGGGUCCCAGCCACAGAACUAGCCACCAAACAUUUCUUUAACUUUCCCUAAUUUCUUUAGCAAAGAGACGAAACACAACUCACCUACUCUCUUCCAGCAGCCACUUGUUUGUAGCGAGACACCUCAGGCCAGUCCAUUACGCACUGCUGUGGGGUGACGCAGCUCAAGGAAGAACAUUUAUGAUCAUUUCUUUAUCAUUUCCUUGAAGUAAUAAUCAUCAUAUUAAUCAUUUUGCACUGCAGAUGCGUUAGUUCUUCUGCCUUAGUGUCUCGGUCUGAUUGCAUUUCCAUGAAGAAAUUAUCAUAAAUGUUCUUCCUUGAGCUGCGUCACCCCGCAGCAGUCGAUGGACUUGCCUGGAGGUCUCUGUAUAAACAAGCGGCUGCUGGAAGAGAGUACGUGAGUUGUGUUUAGUCUCUUUGCUAGAAAAAUCAGGCAAAGCUAAAAUAUGUUUGGUGGUUAGUGCUGUGGCUAGGACCCUAUAUGUACUGUUGAUGAAGUUAGGGGCUGUUCUGAGCAUUAUUUAUGGCUAUAGAGUGGCAUUUUGGUUAAGCCCGUGGCUCUCUGUAUUGCUAUCUGCGGUCGUUACUAAAAUUCGUAUUACUAGAGAAGCAAGCGGUCGGCAAGAUUCAUCUCUCGGGGGGGGGGGGGGGGGGUCUAACUCAGUAUUACGGUGUGUUUGACCCUAAAUUAAUUUUACCCCGGAAUAUCCCUUUAAGAGGAGGUAGAGGCGUAUUGUCUGUACGAAUGUACUGCCAACAGUUUUCACACUUACUUUUUUUCUCUCCAAAGAUCCUUUCAUUCUUCCACACCAGCAAGUAGACAAAGGGGCCAUCAAAUUUGUUCUUAGUGGAGCCAACAUCAUGUGUCCGGGGCUGACAUCACCAGGUGCUAAACUCUACCCAGCUGGUGCUGACACAGUAGUUGUAUCCUUUCAUAGACUGGUAUAACUGUAGAAUGAGGUUGUGAAAUUGCUCUGUGCUGUUAGUAAAAGAUUUACAUCAUGACACCUUGACAAAUCGCUGCAGGCCAUAAUGGCAGAGGGAAAACAACAUGCACUUUGCGUUGGCGUAAUGAAGAUGUCUGCAGAAAGCAUGUAAGAAUUUUUCUUGUCUGUAUUGUACAGAAGCAGCAAAUUUGUAUUCUGUUUCUGACCUUGUAAUUCCUAAUUCUAAUCUCUUUAAUUAAAACAGAGAAAAAGUCAACAAGGGAAUUGGUAUUGAGAACGUUCACUAUCUGAAUGACGGACUGUGGCACAUGAAGACGUAUAAAUGAUGAUGUCAUUGCCUGUAAUGCCCUCUUCCCCAGUGCAACCAACCCUCUUCACUCUCAAAGUGUAGAGCUCUUGACGACGAGGCCUGAACUGUCAGUCAACUGUUUACACUCACAAACUUAGCUGUGUAACCGCCUGAAAGCUUUGAACCUAUCGCCACAAUGCACAAAUAAAGGAAAGAUCUUGCUUUAAAAUCAGA